UUUCCCAUCCCUGGCGGAAGUAAACAAAAAGUCGCAGCUGUGUGCAAAUCCCAGCGGCUCGUCAGCUGUGAUUCAUGUCCCGCGGAUUAAACAUGUCGUCGGUUCUGUGUUUCAGAAAGUUUGUGAGUGAGCGACUGAUCGCUGCCGCUGAGGAAAUAUUAGGAGUCUUUGAACAAACAGUUCAGGUUUACGAGGAGGAGAUCGAGCGUCAGCGGAGACUGCUGGAGACUAAACUACCCGAGAAAGACGUCUCUCAGUCUUCUUCCUGUAAUGAGGAGGUUCUCCUGGGCCAACAGAGGCUCUGUGACUGUAACCAGAAGAGGAACUCCACCCUGAGCCAAGGGGAGUCAGAGUUUAGCGUGGAUGCGGAGGAACUCUGCUCCAGUCGGGACAGAGAGCAGCUUGUACUGAAGCAGGAGACUGACUUGUUAAGACUUGCACAUGAGGGAAGUGAUUACACUGAAGACCAGAUUGUGCUAAUGGACCCUCACCAAAUUCAGAACGCAGCACAAAGACAGUUGCAGACCCACCUCGCAGCUACACAAGUGAAAUCCGAAUCUUACACAGGGGGUUCGGGCGUAUCAGCUCUAAACAGUGACCAUCAGCUUACUCACAACUCACACAUAGCUAAUGACAGAGACCUUGAAGGAGGACACCAGGAGAAUGCGAGUUCUCAUCAGACACCAGAGAACAAACAUUUCAAAUGCAUGCUUUGCUCUGAAGAGUUUAAUGAUUUCUUAAAGUUCAAAUUUCACUCGAGGACCCACACGGGUGAUAAACGUUUUAAAUGUGGCACCUGUGGGAAAGGGUUCAAAUGUCAAUCCAACCACAUCAGUCACAUGAGAACUCACUCAGGCGAGAGGCCGCACAACUGCGUCACUUGCGGGAAAACUUUCACCCGUAGAGCCGACCUGAGGAGGCACAACCGAACUCACACGGGGGAGAAGCCAUACAGCUGUAUCUUCUGUGGUAAUAAGUUUUCUCAUCACUCGUCUCUCACUAAUCACGUCCGGGUGCAUACAGGGGAAAAGCCUUAUAAAUGUAUUUGGUGUGGGAAGAGGUUUGCUAUCAACACCACGUUGAAAAUACACACCCGAGUCCAUACAGGGGAGAAGCCGUACACAUGCAACCUGUGUGGGAGGAAUUUCGCUCAUAACACGGGGCUAAGAUUACACAGAAGGACUCACGCUGGGGAAAAUCAACAGAGCUGAAAUACUUUGUGUGGAGUGGCUCCUAAAAGUCAAAACUUAAACUGGGAUUGAACUUGAACAGCUUAUUUAUCGCCUUUUGUCAUUUUCCUUUUCUACUAAAGCAUAACUUGCAGAUUAAUAAGUAUACUUGUGAGUAAUGGUGCAGAUUUUAUUGUAUCGUUUUACAUUACAUAUGCAUCUUUGCCUUGUUUCCCAGAUGUCAUGUCACCAUGUUCACAAACCUGUUUAGAAUCUCUACUGUGUAAGAGUGAAAAUUAUUUAAAGAUAUAAUGUGUUCAGCAUGAACUAUGGAAAUGUUAAGAUAUAAAAUUAAAGACAGUAUUUCACUUUC